AUGGACGGGUUAGCUGAGGAUGAAUCUUGCCGGUUUCGACCGCCCAAAAGUGUGCAAGAAGAUUCUUUGCUUGUACAGUCCAAGCUUAAAAGCACACGGUAUAAAGACAAGUGGGCCGUUGACGUUUUCAGAACUUGGCAAGCAGCGCGCGAGCAAAAAUUCUGUAUACUUGACGCGGGAAGCGUGUUUAAAGAUUAUGAUGUUCACCGUGUGCAAAGUCUCGAAGAGAAGUUGGAGGACCUGGAUAGUCUUUCCCUUAACUAUUGGCUCACAAAAUUCGUCCAAGAAAUUGCUAAUAAGAACGGUGGUCGCUAUCCGUCUCGUUCCUUGUAUGGAAUUGUUUGUGGCUUAAAGCGGUAUUUGGAGGACGUAAAUGGAGGGAAUGCUUUGAAUCCUUUAGACAGCAGCGAUAAGAGGUGAGUUUGGAGAAGUUAUACUUUAAUCCAGUGUGCUUUAUGUGAUAUACAGGGUGUCCCAAAAGUUCGUUCCUCUAAUUUCAUGCACUAUAACUUUUGAUCAAAAAUAUAUUUUUACACGAAAUUGCUAGAAGAUGUUUAUUUCUCUAUCAAAUACAUGUAUUCAGAAUUUCAGUAACUGGCAUGCCCUUUUUGUUUUUUUUUAUCACAUUCUGUAGCCGUUGCGGCAUGGGAUACAGCGUGUAGACCCACAAAUGAUCCAUUUAGAGCUUUUUUAUCACCUGGUGCGCAGGAUCCAGUUCAACUCCCAAACAAAAUUUGUUUAGUUUAGGCAGCUGAAAAAAAAAUAUAUUUUGGGCAUUCAUCUAAAAAAGAUAAUCAUCCCGGCCCCCUUCCACAGCAAGGCUUUCGUACUUCUUUACAAAUUUGAAACGAGCCGGGCGUUAAUUAACAGACUAAGCAGAGGAUUUUUUGCCAUCUCAGCGGCCUCUAAUUUUAAACAUUUUAAACAGCUUUUCACGGCCCUUUUAUUUGGUUUGCUAAAUAUGUGAGACUGAGCUUCCUUGUCGAGUCUCCUAUUUUGUAUCUAGCCUUCUUUAAAAAUAUUUUAGCUGCUUUAUUCAGGGCUUUAGGUCUUCCCCUUAGUUUCUUGCCUUCAAGACCUUCAUUUCUCGAUGAUCAUUCUACCACCCAAUAUUCGAAUUUUCCCAGUUUUUUAGCAAUUUCUACAACAGAUAAGCCAGUAAAUCGAAGUAUACAGCCUUAUGCUCUCACGCAGCUGAACGUUUUUGCGUUAAGGGGGUUUAUCUUUCGUGAUAUUCACAAAAAACAAGGAAGGAGUUCGAGCAAUUCGGGCUAUGAAACACAAAAAAUAUGUGGCUGGAAAAUAUACUCGCGCACGCGCACCUUUGGCGCGGAAGUACACAGAUCGAAUAUUCGAGUCAAAAGAUGGCAAAUUGUAUUGAAAGACACAACUUUUGUUGAAAUGAUUUCCUUACCAAGUUCAAUCGUACUGAAAUACAGACUUAUAAAGUAGAGGAACGAACUUUUGGGACACCCUGUAGAAACUUAGAAUGUUUACGAAAUUUAUUAUUUACUACUUUUCAGGUUUGCUAUUUUUCGUCGAUUCUUAGACGCAGAAAUGAAAGACGUAAAUGUAAACAGCAAAGAAUAG